AUGUGGAAAAUGGAUUUUCACAAUUCUCCUCAAGAUAAUUCUCAAGAGGAUUCUCAAGAGGAUUACCAAGAAGAAUCUACAGAAAGAGAUCACUUACUUAUUUCUGAAUCAAUUGAUGCUGAAGUAUAUAGUAAAGAUGAAGAACCUGGUGAAGUUGAUAACGGAAAUUUAAUAGAACAACCGAAUGUAAAUUUAGCUUCCCAAGCUCUUCGGCUAGUUAAAAAUUAUGAAAGAAAAGAUGGUCAAAAACUUAUAUGUUGCUUACCUAGUGAAGAUGAUAAAGAUUUUUGA